AUGCUGCGGCGCUCGAAACAUUGUCCAUGGGAUGACAGCGGCAGUCCCGAAGGUGCCGAUGGUGACAGUGGUGACCUUGAGGAAGACGUGACUGCGCGGGACAGGACCCUGCACGUGCUCACAGUAGACGCAACGCCGCUCGGUGGCACAAUUACGGCGGGUGUGGUCUCGCAGAUGGGCUCGCCAUUCGCUGAAGACACGCCGCGCUGCAUUGUAUCUGCUGCUGCUGCUGCUGCAGUUGAAGAUGCUGAUGGGAAUAAUAUUGAAUGGAAGCCGUUGAAAGAGGUCUUCAGUGAUGAGGACUGGGCAUCGGCGGAGCGGCUCGGUUUCCCGUUGAGCGUUGACCCCGAACUGCGUGCGGCGGAACAAGAGGCAAUGCCGCUGCUGCAGGCCACUGCGCUGCGCUGCGAGAAACACUGGCACUCUUACUCGAGGGGCCUUCCGUUGCUCUCGAACGCAACAGUGGAGGCGACAGAGUUCAUGCGGCAGUCGUUGUGGCGUUAUGGCGCUCCUUGUCACCUGCGCGGUGUGAUUUGGUUGACACUCUCGGGUGUUGCCAUGCGGAUGGACGAAAACCAGGGGUUCUGUCGGGCCUUAUUGGAGCGACACCGGUACAUGCGGGGUGAGCACGCAGACGCCAUUGAGAAGGACCUACGCCGCACCUUUCCCGGUCAUCCCUAUUUCGCGCAGGGUGGGGUAGGGAUGCGCAAGGCACGCAAUGUUCUGCACGCCCUUUGCUGGCGCAACCCGCUGCUAAAUUAUUGUCAGUCCUUCAACUACCUCGUUGCCUUCAUCUUGCUGGUGCUCGAUGACGAGGAGAGCACGUUUUGGCUCAUGUGCCAUCUGCUAGAGAACCUGCUGCCAAACGACUUGUACUCGGAGUCGCUGAUCGGCACAAGGGUGGACCAACUUGUGCUGCAGGAGCUUGUGCAGGAGCGUCUGCCACGACUUGCGCUGCACUUCUCCAAGGUGCGGUUCGAAGCGGGUACACUCGUGUCGGCGUGGGUGAUGGUGCUGUUUGUCACCGUCUUUCCUGUUGAGACGGUGCUGCGCGUAUGGGACUGCCUCUUCGCCGGCUGCGCCCAGCCCGGUAGCCCAUCGUGUGUGCUGCUGGAGGUCGUGUUGGCCGUGCUGAAGCUUCGGCAACACAACCUGCUGCAGUGUGACGACGCGGGCGAUGUUGUAAUGUGCCUUAACCACUCUGUGCGUCGCUUGUUCGACGCGGAAGAACUCAUGCAGGUGGUGGUGGAGAUGCGACUGACGCCGCUGACGGUGCAGCGUCUGCGGCGGCGUCUGCGGCCGAUUGUGGCGGAGGAGCACCGCCAGCGCGAGCAGCGCCGACAGGCGGUGCAAAAGCGGUAUCUGCUGAGGCAGCAGGGUGCCACGGUGGAAACGCCUCGCCAACACAUGGGGGAGAAUGAGGAGGGAAGAAAAGAGGUGAAGGAGAGCGGUAGAAUUCGGAGGGUGUCGGCAGCUGUAGCGGCGGUGGACGCGCAGGAGCAACAACAACAACAACAACAACAACCACAACUGCAGCAACUCGCUGUGCCGCAUUCGAGGGUGACCCACCCACACCGGUGUGAGCGGCCGAGGGAGCCACGCCAGAGAGAGUAUCGCGACGUCUUCGCUGGGAUGGGCUUUGCGGACGGGGCGCGACACCGCCUCCAGUGCGGUGGGCAGGAACCACAUCAUGGGCAUGUGGGCGACGCUCGGAACUGUGAUGGCAACAUGCGGCGGCGAACAGGUGAAGAGAGCUGUGGGCGCGAGAUGGAGAGCAUUUCUGCAGAAGUCGAAAAUCGAGAAAAGAGUAAGUAA